AUGGGAGAAGUGCCAGAAGCUCCUCCGCGCAGAGAUGCAGGCGGUCCGGGAGAUCGUGGCCGAGUGGGCAGACCUGGGCCCCUUCGGGGCGGGCGCCGCUGGCGGCGCACAGGCGGGCGGCCCCCAGAGCAGCAUGCUCGACGACUUCUUCACCGCGUCCAUGGCCGCCGGCUCCCCUGCCAAGCGGCCCGCGGAAGAGGUGAAGGUGCCCCACGCUCAAGUCUGGGACGGUGUCCUCGCCCCACCGUCCCCGCGCCACCGCUCGCCGCCGCUGGACGCGCCGCGCGCUGCGCCGCCCCGGCGCCAGGCCGGCAGGGCCAGCGUGGACCAGGACCUGGGGACCCGCUGAGCCAGCUGCCGGCGUGGGCGCAGCAGCCCGGCCGCGCGGAGGCCCCGCCGCAGCCGCGCGCCAGGCGGUCGCCGGCGGUCGGCCGCGAUUCCGCCGGAGCUCGCGGCGGCAGCGGCGGCGGGUACGCCGCGGCGGCGGGCGGUGAUGCGGGCCGUGCGAAGGCGGGUGGUCAGGCCUCCGCGGGCCGCAACUACAAGAAGCCUUGGCUCGACAACGUGCCCGACAAGAAGGGCGGCGGCGACAAGAAGCCGGGGCAGCAGGGCGAGCGGAACAGCUUCAUCGAGCACCUGUAUGGCGAGGGUGGUACUGGGCCGGACACUCAGCUGAUCGAGGGCUUGCAGCGCGAUUGCGUGGACAUGUGCCCGCAGGUGAAGUGGGAUUCCAUUGCUGGGCUCGAGCAGGCGAAGUCGCUCCUAGAAGAGGCUGUGGUGCUGCCCCUGGUGAUGCCCGAGUACUUCCAAGGCAUUCGCCGUCCUUGGAAGGGCGUGCUGAUGUUUGGGCCGCCUGGCACUGGCAAGACGUUGCUAGCCAAGGCCGUGGCAACGCAGUGCGAGACAACUUUCUUCAAUAUUGGGGCCAGCGCGCUCAGCAGCAAGUACCGCGGCGACUCUGAGAAGCUGGUGCGGCUGCUAUUCGAGAUGGCGCGCUUCUACGCUCCCACGACCAUCUUUUUCGACGAGGUCGACGCAUUAGGCGGCAAGCGUGGCGAGUCAUCGGAGCAUGAGGCAUCUAGGCGCGUUAAGGCCGAGCUGCUUGUCCAGAUGGACGGCGUCGGGUCCACCAAGAAGGAGGAGGACAGUGAGGCGCCGCAGCAGAAGCAGGUCAUGGUGCUCGCGGCCACCAACAGACCCUGGGAUCUCGACGAGGCGCUCCGCCGACGACUGGAGAAGCGCAUCUACAUCCCGCUGCCAGAGGUCGCUGGAAGGACCCAGCUUUUUGAGAUAAAUUUGAGCACUGUACAGCUCGCGCCAGACGUCGACAUUCCGGAUCUGGUCCGACGCACGGAGGGCUACAGCGGCGCCGACGUGACCAACGUCUGCAGAGAGGCGGCCCUGAUGGGGUUGAGGAAGCGCAUGGCCAAGGCGCGUCAGGAGGGCAUGCCCAUCGCCAAGAUGCAGAUGUUGAAGGAAGAAGUGGACGUGCCAGUAUCGCAGGCAGAUAUCCAGGAAGCGAUAUCGAACGUCUCGCGAUCCGUUGGCAACGAUGACCUCCAGCAUUUCGCGGACUGGAUGAAGGAGUUCGGGAGUGUCUGA